GUGCCCCUAGUCGCGGAUGCUCACCUCCAAGGGGACAGCAAAUCGACAAUAGUCGCAGGUUUGGGGAAGUCAAGGGAAAGUCGCGCACCUCCCGUGGAGGAUAGCCCAGGGCGGGGCCGAGGGCGCGGCGAGGGAGCGCCCCCUAGCGGAGAGAGCCGUACUACGUAACCGGAGCACGGAACGCGGUCGGGCAGGCGGAGCUGACACCCGGGCUCGCAACCGCUCUCUCUCCGCCCCGGCGCGAGCCGAGAACAAUGCUCGCAGCCCAGCGCUCGGGGGCUCGCGGCGCCCCGCCCCGCGGGGGCGGGCCCGGCGCGGGGGUUGCCGGGAAAUGUAGUCUUUCCCUGCGCUCCCGCUGCCCUGCGACUCGUCACUGGGAGCCAUCUUCGACUACAAGUCCCAGCACAACCCGCGAGGCCUUGAUCGCCCGACUUUUGCCGGGAAGGGAGUGGGGCGAACAUGGCUGAAGGCGUUCGGCUCAGCUCGACGUGCAGCGGGCUGGAUGACCAGGGGGACUCCAUGUCCACCAGGGGCGGCUGCAACUUUCCAGAGUACGAGCUUCCCGAGCUCAACACGCGCGCUUUCCAUGUGGGAGCCUUCGGGGAGCUGUGGCGUAGCCGGCUGCGUGGGGCCGGGGACUUGGCUCUGAGAGAUCCGCCCGCAUCCGCGGUACCCGGGGGUCGAGGGGACGAGGACUCCGGCCCGGAGGAUGCCGCGGUGGCCCGGGAUCUGGGUUGCAGCUUGGAGGCGGCCGCCGAGCUGAGGGCGGUGUGCGGCCUUGAUAAACUGAACUGCCUCAAGGAAGGGGAGGAUCCGGAAGUUAUCCCAGAGGAUACCGAGCUCGUGACAUUGGGAGUUAGAAAGAAAUUUCUGGAACAUCGUGAAGAAACCAUAAGGAUAGAUCGGGUCUGCAGACAAGAAACAUUUGCUUAUGAGAUGGAGUCACAUGCUAUGGGGAAAAAGCCUGAAGAUCCAGGUAACAUGAUUGAAGAAGGAGAGCUUAUUCUGUCAGUGAAUAUCUUGUACCCUGUUAUUUUUCAUAAGCACAAAGAGCAUAAGCCCUACCAAACAAUAUUGGUACUGGGUAGUCAAAAGCUUACGGAACUGAGGGAUUCGAUUUGCUGUGUCAGCGACCUCCAGAUUGGCGGGGAAUUCAGCAGCACUCCUGACCAGGCCCCAGAGCACAUCAGCAAAGAUCUGUACAAAUCAGCCUUCUUUUAUUUUGAAGGAACUUUUUACAAUGAUAAACGAUACCCUGAAUGCAGAGAUUUGAGCAGAACUAUCAUCGAGUGGUCAGAGUCCCAUGACCGAGGCUAUGGGAAGUUCCAGACUGCUAAAAUGGAAGAGUUCACCUUCAAUGACUUGUACAUCAAACUGGGUUUCCCUUACUUGUACUGCCACCAGGGAGACUGUGAACAUGUUGUCGUCAUUACCGAUAUAAGGCUUGCGCAUCAUGAUGACUGUUUGGAUAGAACACUUUAUCCCCUUCUUAUCAAGAAACACUGGCUAUGGACCAGAAAAUGUUUUGUGUGUAAAAUGUACACAGCCAGAUGGGUGACAAAUAAUGACAGUUUUGCACCAGAGGACCCAUGCUUCUUUUGUGACGUUUGCUUCCGAAUGCUGCAUUAUGACUCAGAAGGCAACAAACUGGGGGAAUUUCUUGCUUAUCCUUAUGUUGAUCCUGGAACCUUUAAUUAAUAACACCAAAAUAUACCCUUGUCAAGCACUGUUUGCUUGGAUGAUCUAUUUCCAAGAAAUACCAUUGAGGAAUAGUGUUUACCUGAAGCGAUUACCCUAGGAGAAAUUUAAAUCAGAUAUUCUUAUAACAGUGACUUGAUUGUAUUUAUAUGUUUAGAAAUAUAUAUAUUAAAUUUAGUAUUUAUUCCAAAGCUUUUUGUCCAUUUUUAAGCGAUUCAUCUUUAAGUUCUAGGAGUGUUUGACACAAAUCCUUUGUCAGAUAUAUCUAUAUCCUGAUGUCCUUUGAGGCUUCCCUAGCUGAUGUGUCCAGAGUGCAUUUAGCUAAUGACAGGUUAGUUAACGGUACAUCUGGUGGUAAAAGCAUUUAUGAAAUUCUUUUAAGAAAAGUGAGGGCUGCAUCUUCUGCUAUGAUGCUUCCUAGGAAAAGAGCCAUUAAUCUUAAUGAAAAUGAAGCUGAGCAAAUUUACAGUAUUAAAAACUGGUGUAAUCUGAAUUCUCAUAGUGGGCUCCUCAGUGAUUAGUUCACUAACCUAUUUAAUGAGGCUUUCUGCAUGAAAAUAAAAGAUGUGGUAUAUACAAUUAAACUUUCACAGAAGUAGCAUUUAAACUGAUUUCAUUUCUUGAUAAGGUCUCUCUUUACUAUUAGCUUAUAAUUCCUGUUUAUUUUCUAAUUUAUUUGAUUAUAUGCUAUGACCACUAGGAAUGGACGUCACUAUUGAUUCCUGGUUCUGGCUCUGCUAAUUCUUGGACAUUGGGGAUCUGACUCAGUGCUGGCAUGCAGGCUUUGCAUUCGUGAGUGCUACAUUUGAUCCUCUCAACACGUAGUUCUCUAAGCCAUGCCAGGUGUCACCCCAAAGACCAAACAAAAUAUAAGAAACAGGUUUUUUUGUGAAUCAGCUCUCCAUUUUCUCUUGUUACCUUAAUAUACUCCUAGUUCUCUUCCUUCAUUCUUGGCCAAAAGACAACUUUAAUAAGUCCUGGAGUCUAGAUCAGAAACCUGUAGCCAUUUAUAUAAAUGUGUUCUCCAGAAACAUUCUUUGAUGGACAAUGUUACUGUUUUAAGACUUUUGGAAUGCUAUAAUAGUUUUUAAUGUGUUACAUUUAAAUUUCACUUUCUCUUUUCUAGGUUAUGUUUAAAUUCAACUGAAUACCACAUUCCACUGGAUGUCUAAGAAUCUUUACCAUAUAAAUCAACUAGUCCUAUGUAUUAAAAGGCUGACAGUGAAAUAUUUUAUGGACUAAAACACCAUAUAUAUUGGUGUGUAAGCACCUGUUUCAGUUGUCUUAUGGCGUUCUCCCUCAGCCGACUCAGAAUCAAUGUUAAGAACUAAGAUUUAGUCUCCUAAAUCUUAGAAGACUGGAUUUUAGAUACCUGUAUUUUUCACUUUUUUCUUCUUUUGCUUUUCGGGUCACACCCAGCAAUGCACAGGGUUUUACUCCUGGCUCUACACUCAGGAAACACUCCUGGCGGUGCUGGGGGACCAUAUGGGAUGCUGGGAACCGAACCGGAAGUAUUUUUCACCUUUAUGCUGAUGAUAUUGCAUUGAACAGAAAAAUUCUUCUUGAAAUCAAAAAUACUUUUGAAGCACAUUCAUUAUAAAGCUCUGCUUAAUUCGAUUUCUUUUUAUCCAUAAAAAGCUUUUUGGUUUUGAGCCACACCAGGCAGGACUGAGAAAAGCAGUCCUGCAGUGUUGGGGCUUGAAACCAUGCCUCCGUCAUAUAUUUAGCUCAGCACUCUGAGCCCGUUCUGAUCCCGAAGUUUUGGGGUGGGAGGCUGACGAUGUAGGCCCCACGAGGGUGCUCUAAGAACCAUGUAGUGCUGGAAUCAAGCCAGGCCUCCACAGCAGAGCAUACGCCCAUCUAGCCCCUUGAGCAUUCUCUGAUCUCAUUUUAAUGGACCCCAAAGACUUAGAUGUUAUUAUUAACUGCUAUUGUUUCAAAGAUUCAGAUAUCACACACCUUCAAUUGUUUCUUGGUGAAUUCCUAGAAUGCUAAUAUAUUCUUGAGUUAAAUACACAAGCCUGAUAUCUUUCAAAAGCAGGAAUAUUGCAGCUACAAAAUUCAACUAUUAAACAUGUCGUUUUUCAUUCAUUACUAUCAUCUGUGAUGUUGGCAGAUUGGACCACCCACAUACAUAAAUGUAUUUCUGCUCAUUUAGCAGGUUUUUCUUCA